AUGGUGGGAGAGCAACACCUUCCGUUCGUCCUCUACUCGGUAUGCACUGCAGUGCUUCUUGCGCAAGGAAGUCAAGGUACCACGUAGUAUUUGCUUAUUGAAAUGUUUUAAGAAUAUGCUUUUAAAGCUGAUAUUUGAUGGUCAUUUUCUACGCUAUAAUUCAUGAAAGAUUUAUUUCAAGAAAGAACGCGGGAAUCGGGGGUGGGGCGCGCAAGGAAAGCGCAAGCUACUGAACUAUGUUCAAGGCCAUUGCGUAGAAGGCGUUUUGAAAUUAUUAAAAAAUAUAUUGCAGUCACCGUAAAUAGCCCAGAGGCAACGGGAGCUUACUUUUACUAAGACACUUUUAUUCUUUUUAUAAUAGCAAUCAGUUUCAAAGCUGGAAAAACCAACAUCACUGUCAAAAGUCCAGGGUUGUUCGCUUGUGGAACAAUCACAUUUGCUGAAUCGUUCUCUGGUGGAAAGCACGUAAAAGUCUUUGCUUCCUUUGGUCACUCACUUAACAACCAGGCCCGUGGCAAUGGUGCUGCUAUUUGGGUGGAAUCGGCAGAUAGAACUCAAUUCCGCGCUUGUAUCUACGAGUACAGCAACGGCUCAAAUUCAACUGCUGAGAUAAACUGGAUUGCGCUACAAUCUGCUCCCAAAGGAGCACAACUAGGAACCACUUCCCUGGACUCUUGGACUACCGGAACAGAAUGUAAAAAGAUCGACUUUCCUCAGGUACGUUCCAUUUAGCUAUGAUUACCUACAAGCUAGAUGCCCAUGGGGGAUUAACCUAAAAAAGGCAGAAACUGGUGAGUUAUGUAAGGUAUAGUUAAAGGAUGUAACUCACGACCGCAAACGCGAUUUAUCAUAAGGAACUAAACCAGCUGUUCAAUCAAUAAAUUUAGACAGAAAAUUGACGUCACUUAAGUUUCAAGUUCAAUUACCUGUAUACAAUGUACGUGCUAUUAUGCACGGACUUCAUGAUUUAACAGGAAAUGACGAUAAAAGUCUAAAAGGUGAAUCGUUAGUUUGUUUUAAUUUCAGAAAGAAUAAUGCAAUGAAAUAGCUUACUUUGUACUGAGAUUUUUUGUUACACGGCUCUCCCUCUUUUUUUUUCCUGUAUUUCCUUUGGCUGUUUUUUGUUUUUUGUUUUUUGUUUUUUGUUUUUUUCUGGAAUGCGCAGUAUUAUAACUAAGACAGAUGUCGACUCCAUGACCCAAACUAGCCCACUCAUAUUAUCACCUACCCCCACUCCCCGACCUCAAACCCACUCACUCUUUCAUCCGUAUUUGAUUAAUAUUAUACACUCUCAUAUAUGCGCGUCGAAAAGCAAUAAAACAUUGGCAUUAGAAGUCAGGCUUACGCUCGCCGCCGUUAAUCUAUUUAGAGAAUCUUUCAUGAAAUAUAAUCAUUAAAGGCAGUACACAAACUGAAAUCAAAUUAUUUAGGAAAGAUAUUAGAAGAUAUAACUUGUAUUUUUGGCCAAAUUUGUUUUGUAUUUAAAUAACUUUACACAAAAUAAUUAUAUUUUAGGAUAGCUCGUACUGGGUGUAAAAUAUUUUUCUCCUUUUCUCACGGCUUCAAUGUGAGUGUCUCCUUCCAAAAGAAGUUUUUUCUGUAUGUGGGUGAAAGUCCGCGUAGUACUAUGAAUCGCGCGUAAAUAAAUGAGAAAGAUUAUUUUUGUUGUUGUUGCAGCUGCUGCUGUUGUUGUUGUACAGAGAUGAAGCACUGUUUACUAGAUUUCUCGAUUUAACUUAAGUCACGGUCCCUGAUUAUAAUUUUUGGUGUUUAGACCGUGAUUAAUGAGUUGUAAAUUUCCUCUGUUUUUUGUUUUUGUUUUUGUUUUUUUUUUUUUCAGGAUCCUUUAACUCAUUCAUCUUUGUUCUUUCCUUAUUUAAAGCGUUUUGCGACUCCUCCAAUCGUACUUGCGACUCCUAGUCACCAGUUUCCUGAGAGACCUCAAGAUGCCAUGGCAGUGUGGGUGGAGGAGUUGACAGAAGGCAGUUUUGAAAUCUGUCUUAGAGAAGUUAAAAUUUUCGACGGACUUCACAAAGGCAUCACUAUUGUAAGCAGAGUUAAAAUACUUUUUUAAAGACCUGUAUCCAGGUGCAUCGACUUUUCUCAGCUACACAUAUACUGUAUUGUAUACAAAUUUACUAGAAUACUUGCAAAAAUAUAUAGUCGAACUAACCAUACAUUUCUAGUUUCGAAAUAUCAUUCCUCGCAGUUAUUCCUUUAUUAGUGCCUAAACUACAUAAAAAAGGACAAAUAUAUGUAUAAAAUACCUGUAACAGUUAUAAGAAAGUAACUGAUUCUAUUAGAACCACCCUCAAGACAUUUGGUGAAAAAGCAAACAAAACCAAAUUAAAAGAAACAAAAACUGUCAGUGCAAUCAAGUUUCUGUUACCAUGUGUACAUGAGUAAAGGUACUCAAGUUAAAUCUUACCAUAAGGUUUUAUAAAAUGAUAUACUUAGGUUAUCGGCUCCGUACUCGUUUUGUUAAAUUAUAAUCAGGUUCCUACUUGAGUAAAACUUCUAUAGGGACUGGUCCCAUUCCUUGGAUAACUGACUCACUAACCUUAAAUGUUUUUCGUUGUUGUAGAACUGGAUGGCUUAUACAAACCUUCGAGUCGAUAACUUCACCUUAUCUGACAGUCUUGUGUUUACGAGCAACAACUCGCCAUCUCAACAGAUUGACUAUGCCUUUUGCCAGGUAAAGUGUAAUAUACUCUUAUUACUUACUUACUUACUUACUUAAUUAACUGAUUAAUUAAUUAAUUUCUUUAUUUAUUCAUUCGCUUUUCGAUGAUUUACAAUUGUACCAUGAAUUUCACUUAUGUAUUCUAAACGAGACAUCCUCUCUUAAGCAGAAACGUAGUUAACCCUUUCACUGCGAAAUGUGGCCAAAGUCAUAUUUCGACCAAAUUUGUAAAUUUCAUUUUCAAAAAUUUUGACAAAGCAUCAUGUGAAAGUACAGGCGGAGAGCUUUUAUUUGAAUGGUCACAUCAUAGGAUUUCGUCCGUAGACUCAAAAGUUAGAGUCACCUUACAAAACUCCAUCAAACACUCUGACAGUGAAAGGGUUAAAUAAAUGGUGAUGAUUAUGAUCAUGGUGAUGAUGUUGUUGUUGAUGAUGAUUAUGAUGAUGAUGAACUUAACUAUUGCUCGUUUGUAAGUUAAUUGAGUUGACGUUCAGUCAGUCUUCGAGAAGAUAUAAGAAAACGGAACUUUUUUUAAUACUUGGCUCUUUUCAUUUAGUCAUUAAUUAACUUCAAAAAAAAAAAAAGACAGUCAAAAGCUUUAUAUUUUGUUACAGAAAAUCAACUUUACAGAUCAAUUCUACGCUCCCCCAGUGGUAAUGAUGACAGCUGAACGAGUUAACAACGAUUCACAUUUGUCCGGAUGUAACGCAAUCACUGCUUGGGUGGAGGUAAGGAAAGAAACAGACUGGUCGACAGCAUACUUUACCCCAGUUUAGUCGGAGGGUUUUUUGAAAUACCACAAUCAUUCAUCAAGUGUUAUACUAUUUUACAAAGGAAUCAUAUAUUACUUGAAUAAAAUGUUCACGCGAAAAAAUAAUAUGAAAAAAAACAAAAACAAAACAAAACAAACAAAAAAAACAGACAGUUAGACAUCAGAUCUAAGGAAUUCCUUAAGGUGGCUCGAUACAGUUUUUCAGGGCCAAUACAUCCCAAGUUUGAGCAUAAACUACGUCGCCAUAAACAAAGUUUUGGAAAAACUGCCACCACAGUUGUAUUAGAUAAAGAUGAAAAUUUGUUAUGAUCAGGGUUGCAACGGCAUCGGAGUUGUCAUAGCAACGAAAUGACGCUAUUACCUAUUUUACUUGCAGCAGUAUAUAUCGGCACUAGGAACUGUUCUUCCAAAAUCGUUCACGGGAGCUUUUUCCUCCAAUAGCGGCCUCGAUUUUUGUGAAGUUUAAGCGAAAUCUGUAAGAGCGUUAUCGAGAUAUUUUGGGAGGAAGUUUAUAUGGUUAGAAACACAGUAAAAAAUGGACGAUAUUGUUUUUUGGCCGUUAUCUGUAAAAAAUGAAGAGCUUUUGACAUGCAAUUUCACCUCAUAGUAGUUUCAAUCUUUUUUAAAAACGUGUGUGAAAGAUCAUUUAGAUAGCUACAACCGAUUGCUAGAAAGAAGGGUUUGAUAAGUAUGUAUCGAAGCGCUCUUGUUAGCGGUUUUGUAAACAUUUUGGUCUUCUUUAUCAAAUUAGCGAAUAAUUUUUAAACCGCUCGAUAGAUUUUUAAAAAAAUUUAAGAUUCUUGAGAUUAACCUUCCUUUUAUUUGACCUUUUAGUUUCAAGAUUAUUGAUAUAUUGUAAGGCAGUAAAAUAACGGCUACAAUUCGCUACUUUUUUAUUAUUACAAGAGAAAGCCUCUCAUUAUUCAAGGCAUUGUCUCCAAGUUUCAUUUUCACGUGAACAGCAGUAACUAACAAUGUAUUUGACAUAUACAAACUGCCAACUAUUGUUGUGCACGAAAAUAUGAAACUUGGAGACAAUACCCUGAAUAAUGAGAGGCUCACACUUGUAAACACACAAUUUCAGCCAAAAUAUUAGCGAAUUGUAGCCCUUAUUUUACUGCCUUACAAUAUAUCAAUAAUCUUGAAACUAAAAGGUCAUGUAAAAGGAAGGUUAAUCUCAAGAAUCUUAAAUUUUUUUAAAAAUCUAUCGAGCGGUUUAAAAAUUAUUCGCUAAUUUGAUAAAGAAGACCAAAAUGUUUACAAAACCGCUAACAAGAGCGCUUCGAUACAUACUAAUCAAACCCUUCUUUCUAGCAAUCGGUUGUAGCUAUCUAAAUGAUCUUUCACACACGUUUUUAAUAAGAUUGAAACUACUAUGAGGUGAAAUUGCAUGUCAAAAGCUCUUCAUUUUUUACAGAUAACGGCCAAACAACAAUAUUGUCCAUUUUUUACUGUGUUUCUAACCAUAAAAACUUCAUCCCAAAAUAUCUCGAUAACGCUCUUACAGAUUUCGCUUAAACUUCACGAACAUCGAGGCCGCUAUUG